AUUAGCUGAUACCUGCAGGACAGGUCCGUCACUCAGUGAAAGGUGACAGCUAGAGGUCUUCCUGCCGACCCAACUCACUGCAGAACGUGAUCAAUGCUUGGGGAAUGUGGCUGAUGUAACACUAGGCAGGGAGGGGCGAGAAGCAGCACGCUGCGGUUUGUCUGGAAGAGGAUAUUCAGUUCGCCGACAGCUCCCACCAAGCAUCGUGUCCUUCACUGCCUGUGUUCACCCGGAAAAAGACAUCACCGCUCAGAGCCAAGCAGGAACCGGGGAUCUGAUUAAACUCAAGAUGACUUGCAAAGAUGUCCUCAAUUUUGGGCAGCAGAUGUUUCGUCGUAAGGUGGUAGGAUCGGAUACCAAGGAAAGCAGAUUAUCACGAUGUCUUAACACCUUUGAUUUAAUAGCUCUUGGUGUCGGCAGCACACUUGGAGCUGGUGUCUAUGUGUUGGCGGGAGCGGUUGCAAGAGAAGCUGCUGGCCCGGCCAUUGUCCUUUGCUUUCUCAUAGCUGCAUUAGCUUCUGUUCUUGCUGGACUUUGUUAUGGAGAAUUUGGGGCAAGAGUUCCAAAAACUGGAUCUGCGUACCUCUACAGCUACGUAACCGUUGGGGAGCUGUUGGCGUUUAUUACAGGCUGGAAUUUGAUACUGUCUUAUGUUAUUGGAACGUCAAGUGUGGCCCGAGCAUGGAGUGCAACAUUUGAUGAACUUAUAGGGAAGGCUAUUGAGAAUUUCUGUUCAGAACACAUGUCGAUGAAUUUUCCAGGAGUGUUAGCCAAGUAUCCAGACAUCUUCGCUGUUGUAAUAAUUGUGGUGUUAACAGGUCUGCUGUCUUUUGGUGUGAAAGAAUCUGCCCUUGUGAACAAAGUGUUUACUUGCAUUAAUGUACUCGUUCUGGCGUUCGUUAUCAUUUCUGGUUUUGUGAAAGGCUCUGUCAAGAACUGGCAAUUAUCAGAAAAUGACAUGAAUUCAACGUGUUACUCAUCUGACAGUAACCACACAUUCCAAAACAACACCUGUGUUUUAAGUAAUCACUCAUCCCAAAACAACACUUGGAACUAUGGCAAUGGAGGUUUUAUGCCAUACGGAUUUGCUGGAGUCCUGUCUGGGGCAGCUACUUGCUUUUAUGCUUUCGUUGGCUUUGACUGUAUUGCAACAACUGGGGAAGAAGUGAAAAACCCACAGAAGGCCAUCCCUAUUGGCAUUGUUGCCUCUCUUUUGAUCUGUUUCGUGGCUUACUUUGGCGUGUCUGCUGCCCUCACCCUGAUGAUGCCAUAUUAUUUGUUGGACAAGAACAGCCCCUUGCCCGUCGCUUUUACAUAUGUAGGCUGGGAUGGCGCAAGAUAUGCUGUGGCGGUGGGAUCCCUUUGUGCACUUUCAACCAGUCUCCUUGGGUCAAUGUUUCCGAUGCCUCGAGUAAUUUAUGCAAUGGCAGAUGAUGGACUACUUUUUAAAUUUUUGGCCAGAGUUGAUAAAAGAAGCAAAACUCCAAUAAUAGCUACCAUAUCUUCUGGCGCUGUUGCAGCAUUGAUGGCAUUUCUGUUUGACCUAAAAGACUUGGUGGACUUGAUGUCAAUUGGCACGCUCCUGGCAUAUUCCUUGGUAGCAGCCUGUGUUUUGGUUCUCAGGUAUCAACCCGAACAACCGAACCUUGCAUACCAAAUGGCCAGUACCAACGAUGACGUCGAUGUUAAUGAAUCAGUCAGCACCAGUGAAUCACAGGCUGCCUUUAUGGAUGAUGACAAAUUGAGUCUCCAUUCACUGUUCUUCCCACAAAACACUGAGCCCACUAGAUUAUCGGGCUCCAUCGUGAAUAUUUCUGCAGCUGUUAUUGGUUUGCUUAUCUUUACAUUCUGCUGCUUGACCGUCUUCGGACAAGAGUCUCUGUUGCAGGGAGAGGCUUCAAUCGUUGUGCCUCUUGUGUUUGUUAUACUUUUUUGCUUAUUUUUUACCUUUAUCAUUUGGAGGCAACCAGAAAGCAAAACAAAACUCUCCUUUAAGGUCCCAUUCCUGCCUUUUCUUCCCAUCGUGAGUAUUUUCGUAAAUGUUUACCUAAUGAUGCAGCUAGGCAAAGGAACCUGGAUACGAUUCUCUAUCUGGAUGGCCAUCGGAUUUCUGAUAUACUUUGGAUAUGGUAUGUGGCACAGUACUGAAGCGGCAACAUCUGUACCAGAACCAAGCGUCAGAAAUGGCACGACGCUACUUAACAAUGAAAAGAAAGCAUUUCUUGAGGAUGACGGAGAAGAACGUUCCGUAACUGCAUGGGCAACAGAGGAAGAUGUCUGAGUAGAUGUGAUAUUCCUCCAUGACCAUUUAUUGGCCACUGUACGAAACCAUGAUCCUGUUUGGACUUCAAGCUUGCAAAUGGCAUUUAGUUAUUUUGCUGGUAGCUUUACCUCAGACAAACACAAAUGGUAACGCCUUAUGUGCCAGAAGCUUCCGAUCAAUGCUGCUAUAAUAGUAAAACAAAAUACACAAAAAAAAAACUAAAAUAUGGGCUUUAGAAAUACAAAAAAUUCUAAAAAGUUGCAAUCUGCAGGAUUCAACAUACAACCUAUAAUGGCAAAAGUAGAAACAAAUAAUUACCGCAUUUGUGGUUUUUGGGUUUGUUUUUUUGUUUUGUUUUUUUAAAUUGCGUA